UAACAGUAACACUUGAAAGUGUUCUUACUCUUUCUACUACGAGUAUCAGGGAUUAACUUUUCUAAUUUUCAAUUUCUAUUCAAUUUUGUUUCAAUCUUGUAUUCUAAAGAAAUUCAGAUUCUCAGUUAAUGGAAAAUCAUUAAACCCCAUCAAAGCCCUAUUCAACCCACGCCUCUUUCUUCGUUUUCUCUUUCCUCUUUUAUGAUCCAAGUUCAAUUUGUUUUAGAGAAGGGGGAAUCGAAAUGUCCGGGUUCUUGGAAUUAAUUGGUAUUAUUCAAUUUUUAUCUAUUUGAAUUGAAAAGAACAAAACCCAGAAGAAAAUAGGGUGAUCGAAGAUGAGUCAACCCUCAGUAAUUCUAGCAACUGCUAGCUAUGACCACACUAUUCGAUUUUGGGAGGCUCAAACUGGCAGAUGCUAUCGUAAUAUCCAGUACCCAGAUUCUCAAGUUAAUAGGCUUGAAAUAACCCCAGAUAAGCGAUAUUUGGCUGCAGCAGGGAAUCCUCACAUAAGAUUGUUCGAUAUUAAUUCGAGCAGCCCUCAGCCGGUGAUGAGUUACGAUUCUCAUACCAAUAAUGUUAUGGCAGUUGGGUUUCCAUCUGAUGGAAAUUGGAUGUAUUCUGGUUCUGAGGAUGGUACAGUGAAGAUAUGGGACCUCAGAGCUCCGGGCUGUCAAAGGGAAUAUGAAAGUCGUGCUGCUGUUAACACUGUUGUACUGCACCCAAAUCAGACUGAACUAAUAUCAGGAGACCAGAAUGGCAAUAUUCGGGUUUGGGAUUUAACAGCAAAUUCAUGCAGCUGUGAAUUGGUACCAGAGGUGGAUACAGCUGUAAGGUCUUUGACAGUAAUGUUUGAUGGAACCUUGGUAGUUGCUGCAAAUAAUAAUGGAACCUGCUUUGUUUGGCGUUUGAUGAGCGGGACGCAGACAAUGACAAAUUUUGAGCCACUGCACAGGCUUCAAGCGCACAAAGGAUAUAUCCUCAAUUGCCUUCUUUCACCUGAAUAUUGUGAACCCCAUAGAUAUUUGGCAACUACAUCGUCUGAUCAUACAGUUAAAAUAUGGAAUGUCGACAACCGUUUCACCUUGGAGAAAACUCUAUCUGGGCAUGAACGUUGGGUGUGGGACUGUGUUUUUUCUGUAGAUGGUGCCUACCUUAUUACAGCUUCCUCUGAUGGAACUGCAAAGCUGUGGUCAAUGUCGAGUGGCGAAGUCAUCCAAACAUACCAAGGGCAUAGCAAAGCUGUUGUUUGCUGUGCUCUAAAUGAUGGAGCUGAAGUCUCUUCAUAAUUUAUAACCCGUUUAUGUCAACUUCCCAUUUUGUAACAAAUUCAUUCCCUAAUCUUUGUUAUUGUAUUUGGACUGAUCUUUUUGUGUACAUAGUUUUUUAUAGUCGUGCAGGUAUCAGAAAACAAAAAAUUUAUGAAUUCUUUUUCACAAAUUGGAGAUUGAAUGAAAAAAAUUAUCAGAAAAUAGUCCCAAUUUUUCUUU